CGACGCGCCCUCCCCGCCGCUUGCCCCGCCCGCCCAGCGCAGGUGCACAGGUGCACAGGUGCUUCCCAGGGCGCGCUCCCAGGGCCCGGCCCGGGGGUCCAGAUCGGAUCCCCGACUCGCCCGCAGGACAACAGCCGGCGGGCGCGGGGCAGGCCGCGCGCACGCGACGGCGCCCCCGGCCCGCCCCACCCCCACGGCCGGCUCGGCCGCGCUCGGGUCGCCGGGCUCUAUGGGGAAAGCGGCCGCUCCGAGCCGAAGCGGGGGCUGCGGCGGCCGCUCCCGCGGGCUCUCGUCGCUCCUCACCGUUGUCCCCUGCCUGUCCUGCCACACGGCGGCGCCGGGCAUGAGCGCGCCCACCCCCGGCUCCGAGCUGGAGCCCCAGCCCCAGCCGGUGCGGGUACCGGAGCCGGCGUCGCUGGCGGAGCAGGCGUGGGAGCCGGUUUCUGAGCGCGCUCUCAAGAUGUCUGAGCGAUCCGAGAGGAUGUCGGAGCCAGGGCCGGCGACCGGGCAGGGAUUGGAGCUGUCGCUGAAGGUGCGGCCGAGGUCGGAGUCCAGCCCGUGCGGGGCGGCGCCCGCGACCCCCUCCAGGGCUUCCUCGGAGCAGCUGGCCCCGGCCGUGGGGGGCGCGCCGGGGCCCAAGACCGAGUCGGGGCUGGUGCCGGCCAUAAAGCCGCUGCCGCUCCUGCGACCCGGACAGGCCAAGGCACCGCUCGGGGUUCCGGCGACAGCGACUGGCCCGAGCGCCAGCACCCCCAUGGGCUCCCUGACUCUGGACAGCUUCAAGGGCUGGCUUCUCAAGUGGACCAACUACCUGAAGGGCUACCAGCGCCGCUGGUUCGUGCUGGGCAAUGGCUUGCUAUCUUACUACAGGAACCAGGGGGAGAUGGCGCACACCUGCCGUGGAACCAUCAACCUGGCCACCGCCCACGUGGACACGGAGAACUCUUGUGGGAUCUUGCUGAUCAGCGGGGCGAGGAGCUACCACCUCAAGGCCAGCUCAGAGGUGGACCGGCAGCAGUGGAUCACCGCCCUGGAGCUGGCCAAGGCCAAGGCGGUCCGGGUGAUGAAAAUCCAUUCAGAUGACUCCGGGGACGACGACGACGAGACCGUGGCCCCGACCGACAAGAGCGAGCUCCACCACACCCUGAAGACCCUCUCCCUGAAGCUGGACGACCUCAGCACGUGCAACGACCUCAUCGCCAAGCACGGCGCGGCGCUGCAGCGCUCCCUCACCGAGCUGGACGGCCUCAAGAUCCCGACCGAGAGCAGCGAGAAGCUGAAGGCGGUGAACGAGCGGGCCACCCUCUUCCGCAUCACGUCCAAUGCUAUGAUCAACGCCUGCAGGGACUUCCUGGAACUAGCAGAGAUACACAGCCGGAAAUGGCAGCGGGCGCUGCAGUAUGAGCAGGAGCAGCGCGUCCACUUGGAGGAGACCAUUGAGCAACUAGCCAAGCAGCACAACAGCCUGGAGCGGGCCUUCCGCAGCGCCCCGGGCCGCACCAACAACCCCACCAAAAGCUUCAGCGAGGGAAGCCUCUUGACUCCCAAAGGAGAGGACAGUGAGGAAGAUGAGGAUACCGAGUACUUCGACGCCAUGGAAGACUCCACGUCCUUCAUCACCGUGAUCGCCAGGGCCAAGGACGACAGAAAAGCAGAAGGUGGAACCGGCACGGGCUCUGUGGACUGGUCAUCGACGGACAAUGGCAGUGAGGUACUGGACAGUGCCGCGCUUGUGCCCAAGGCUUCAUCCAAAGUCAAGAGGCGGUCCCGCAUCCCCGACAAGCCCAACUACAGCCUUAACCUCUGGAGCAUCAUGAAGAACUGCAUCGGCCGGGAGCUCUCCAAGAUACCCAUGCCGGUGAACUUCAACGAGCCCCUGUCCAUGCUCCAGCGGCUGACGGAGGACCUGGAGUACCACCACCUGCUGGACAAGGCGGUGCACUGCGCCAGCUCGGUGGAGCAGAUGUGCCUGGUGGCCGCCUUCUCCGUGUCCUCCUACUCCACCACCGUGCACCGCAUUGCCAAGCCCUUCAACCCCAUGCUGGGGGAGACCUUCGAGCUGGACCGCCUCGAGGACAUGGGCCUGCGCUCCCUCUGUGAGCAGGUGAGCCACCACCCGCCGUCGGCUGCACACUACGUGUUCUCCAAGCACGGCUGGAGCCUCUGGCAGGAGAUCACCAUCGCCAGCAAGUUCCGGGGGAAAUACCUCUCCAUCAUGCCGCUAGGUGCCAUCCACUUAGAAUUCCAGGCAAGCGGGAAUCACUACGUGUGGAGGAAGAGCACCUCUACUGUGCACAACAUCAUCGUGGGCAAGCUCUGGAUCGACCAGUCAGGGGACAUCGAGAUUGUGAAUCACAAGACCCACGACCGGUGCCAGCUGAAAUUCAUGCCCUACAGCUACUUCUCCAAAGACGCAGCCCGAAAGGUGACAGGGGUGGUGAGCGACAGCCAGGGCAAGGCCCACUACGUGCUGUCGGGCUCGUGGGACGAGCAGAUGGAGUGCUCCAAGAUCGUGCAGAGCAGCCCCAGCAGCCCCAGCUCCGACGGCAAGCAGAAGACGGUGUACCAGACCCUGCCGGCCAAGCUGCUGUGGAAGAAGUACCCGCUGCCGGAGAACGCCGAGAACAUGUACUACUUCUCCGAGCUGGCCCUGACCCUCAACGAGCAAGAGGAAGGCGUGGCACCCACCGACAGCCGCCUGCGGCCCGACCAGCGGCUGAUGGAGAAGGGACGUUGGGAUGAGGCCAACACCGAGAAGCAGCGUCUGGAGGAGAAGCAGCGGUCGUCCAGGCGCCGGCGGUUGGAGGCCUGCGCGCCCGGGCACAGCUGUGGCUCAGAGGAAGCAGAGAAGGAGGCGGACACGUACGUGCCGCUGUGGUUCGAGAAGAGGCUGGACCCGCUGACCGGGGAGACGGCCUUCAUAUACAAGGGCGGCUACUGGGAGGCCAAGGAGAGGCAAGACUGGCACAUGUGCCCCAACAUCUUCUGAGUGGCGCCCCCUGCGCAAAUAUAGGCGGUCCACCUUUGCUUUAACGCACCCAACCUAGUACUGAAUGCCCACCCCCUCCCCACCUAUUUCCUUGACUUUUUUUUUUUUAACACUUUGUGGGGGCUCACAUCUUGGAAGGAGGAAGGGCUGACCCAGAUUCUCUCCAGCCCCCAGGUGCGCUGGGUCACCCAUGCCCCUUCUUUAGGGACUUGGGCUCCCAAGGGGAUCCCAGCUCCCAGGAACCACAACUCAGGCCUGCUGGCCCGGGCCAUGGGCUGCCCAAGUCACCAGCCCCCAACCCAGGGAGGAACCGGCCCCUCCUAGGGAGCCUCUUUUGACUUUUUUAGGAAAAAAAAAAAAAGUCUGCAUUUCUUUGGAGCCCUGACUUUGGUAAUCUAUUUUUAGUACAGUCCUCAGCAGACAGCUUUCCAAGUGUGCUCUUGCCACACAACUGCCCCAGCAGGAACCCCUCCUUCUUAGACACUGGGGAGCCAGACCCCUUUGAGUUGGAAGCACUCUGUAGCUCAACAUUGGAAGGACCCUGUUUGUGUCUGGGCCGCCCUUGCGCCAGGGGCCCAGGCCCCACAGAGAGCAGAGCAGAAGAACACAUGGGGUCUCCUGGAGCUCCGGCUCCCCGCUGGGGGAUGCCCUGAUUGGAGGACAGCCACCCCUUCCUUGCCUAGCCUUGGCGGUGCCAGGGCAGCUCCCUGGCCCCAAAGAGGCCAGGAAGGGCUGGAAGGCAGGGCCUGCAGGUGCUCCCCGCCCCAAGAAACAGGUCCCCAAGUCAGCAAUAACGAACAAAAACCCUCAGUUCAGCCUGGGCUGGUGACCCGGGCGCCAGAGACCCGGCAUCCCACCUCACCCUCAGGGGGCUCCGGGAUGCCCCAUCUCUGCGCUCCCUGAACUCUCUUUGCCUAAUUUAUAUAUAUGAUAUAUAAAUAUAUAUAAAAUAGC